CCAAUCCAUCUUGGGAAGCUUCUUCUUCAUGGCUCAUUGCAGCUUUCCUGAUGUGUUUCGCUGGAUUCGUACCCUUCCACCUCUCUCACAAUGGACCGCAGAAUCUUUCUCCAUGUCCCUAUGUUCUUCAAUCUCAUCGUCCCAACCAUCCCUCUGUCUUACCGUUUCCAAAAAUCCCCAGUCCCCAAACCUGUGUUUCGCCAAUCUCAUUGCCGACUUCAGCAUCCCUAUUUCACUCUGGACUUCAAAACCUAUCAAGGCCAUCAAGCUGGGAGACGAUGUGACCAUUUCCAAACUCCUCGUCAAUAUCAUCGAGGACGUCCUCCUUUAUGGCCCCAGCCAGCACAGCUCCUUCAUGAAAUUCGUCAACGUCGAUUCCAUCUCAAAAUUCCCGGACAUUUUCAAUCUUGCAUUUCUCACUCUUUUGUUCCUAGUUUGCAUAUACGAAGCUCCUUCAGAUCUUCGUUCCGGGUGUCUUAGCACUAUCAAACGGCACUUGACAAAUUGUGAGUCAAGACAAGCUUCCAAGUCGCUGAUGAAACUGUUGGGGUCAAACUUGGAAGAACAGUGGAUGCGAUCUUUGAACCUGGCCAUUAGUAAUUGGAUUGCGGAACUGCAAGCAGCACAUCAGUAUCACGGCUCGUUUAGAACACCAUCUCCUCUGUUUUCCUAUUCUUUCUCGACGUUUGGGUUAUGGAAAAUUCAGUUGUAUUGUCCUGUCAUAAGCAUGGACGUCGAGAGUUCAAACAACUAUCCAGCAGAUGAUGAGAGACUUAAAUUCUCUCUCAAAUAUCACCAACUCGAAGGUGUUUUCCAGUUCAACUACAGAGUCAUGCUCAAAGACAAGUGGGUUGAGAUCAUGGUCAACAUCGACAACAUAAGGUGCGACGUGGUGAAACUGGUGAACGAGACUCUGAUGAGAGAACGAGGCGCAGGAGCAGACGAGAAACAUUUUCCCUCGAGAAUAUUUCUGCAGCUGACACCCACACUGCAAAACCAAGUGCUCAGCGUUUCAGUUGCAAAAUCAUCAGAGAACCCUCGAAGGGAGAUUGGCAUGGACAAGAGCAUUGAAGCCUCCUUUGAGCCUCCUAAUCCCUACAUGGGUUUAAAAGUAUCAGCCGGCGAAUCCACCACCGUCAGUCUGAAGCCCUGGAAAUUCGAGCAAUCAGUGUACGGCUACAGUGCUAAUUUGAACUGGUUCCUUCACGAUAGCGUGGAUGGCAAGGAAGUCUUCUCGUCCAAGCCUUCCAAGUUUGAGUUGCUUAACCCCAAGUCUUGGUUCAAAGACCGCUACUCCAGCGCCUACCGUCCUUUCACACGCCAAGGAGGGGUUAUAUUUGCCGGCGAUGAGUAUGGAGAGAGCGUGCGGUGGAAAGUCGACAGAGCCGCCGCGGGGAAGACGAUGGAGUGGGAGAUAAAGGGCUGGGUCUGGUUAACUUAUUGGCCAAACAAACACAAGACCUUCUACAGCGAAACUAGGAGGCUGCAGUUUCGAGAGAUGGUCCUUCUCAAUGUGGCUUAGCUUUCAAGCCUCGAUGCCAUGCAUGCCUAUUGCCAUAUAAUAAUAACCUCUCUAUAUUGGCCUUGAGUUAGCCAAUUAUGAAAUUUCGACAGCCUGGAAUACCAUUAAUUAUGUAUAGUCCACCUAAUUAUUAUACCGGCUUUGCUCUUCCCUACUUAAUUCCUGUCACUUUUCGUCACGUUUGCUAUAUAGUAAGUAAAGUUUGUUUGGUAGAGGAAAAUGGUAUAAAAAUGGAUUCGGAGCAGUGGGAAAGGUUUGAAACUUGCA